GACCGCAAAGGUUUGGUUGGUUCUUUUUGGCGCUGGCCAGAUCCGAACUCUUGACCUUGGUGUGACCAACACCGCGCUCUAAGCAAGCGCGAAGGUUCUGAGACUCCGGGUGGCGGUGAUGGCGCUCCGCUGGGGCAUAGUGUCAGCUGGCCUUAUCUCCGGCGACUUCACGACCGUGCUGGGGACGCUGCCUCGCUCGGAGCACCAGGUGGUGGCAGUGGCGGCCCGCGACUUGAACCGGGCGAAGGAGUUCGCACGGAAACACGACAUCCCCAAGGCCUACGGCUCCUAUGUGGAGCUGGCCAGGGACCCGAACGUAGAGGUGGUCUACAUUGGCACCCAGCACCCCCAGCACAAGGCCGCAGUGCUGCUGUGCUUGGUGGAAGGCAAGGCCGUCCUGUGCGAGAAGCCCCUGGGCGUGAACGCCGCGGAAGUUCGCGAGAUGGUUGCCGAGGCCCGAUCCCGAGGCCUCUUCCUUAUGGAGGCCAUCUGGACCCGCUUUUUUCCUGCGUUAGAGGCUUUGAGGUCUGUUUUGGCCCAGGGUACUCUCGGGGACCUUCGGGUGGCUCGAGCAGAAUUUGGGAACAACUUCACCCAUGUACCCCGGGCCACUGACUGGGCCCAGGCUGGUGGUGGCCUGCUGGACCUCGGCAUCUACUGCAUCCAGUUCAUCUCCAUGGUCUUUGGUGGGCAGAAGCCAGAGAAGAUUUCAGCCAUGGGAAGGCACCAUGAAACAGGUGUGGAUGACACUGUCACUGUGCUACUCCAGUACCCAGGAGGGGUGCAUGCCAGCUUCACCUGCAGCAUCACCGCCAAGCUGUCCAACACAGCCUUUGUGAGUGGUACCAAAGGCAUGGCCCAGAUCCUUGACCCCUGCUGGUGCCCAACAGAACUGGUGGUGAAGGGGAAGCAUACGAAGUUCCCGCUGCCCCCAACCCCGAACAAGGAGUACAAUUUUCUAAACGGGGCAGGCAUGAGUUAUGAAGCCCAGCACGUCCGGGAGUGCCUGCGCAAGGGCCUGAAGGAAAGUCCUGUGAUUACACUGGCAGAAAGUGAGCUCCUUGCUGACAUCCUUGAGGAGGUGAGGAAAGCCAUUGGAGUCACCUUCCCCCAAGACAAACGCUGAUGCAUGCCCUGACUGAAUAAAGACAUGAUCUCCCUA